AUGUUUGAAUCUGCAAGAAGUAUUAUGAAUUGGCUUGGUGAUUGUGCAAAGGUUAUAGCACUGAAGAACAAUCAAGUACAAUGGACAACUCCUCUUGGACUUCCUGUUGUUCAACCAUACCGCAAAUUAGGAAGACAUCUUAGGAGUUCUUUUAGUAAGUCAAAUUGUCAAAUUAAGACAUCUCUUCAAGUUUUGACACUACAACGAGAAACCGAUAAGGUGAUGGUGAAAAGACAAAGAACAGCCUUUCCUGCUAACUUUGUCCACUCUCUUGAUGGGUCCCACAUGAUGAUGACAGCCAUUGCUUGUAAAGAGGCCGUCUUAAGUUUUGCAGGUCAAGAUCUUGAUUACAUCAACAUAGCUUACAGUCAUCUUCUUCACUCUGAUUGGGCUAAGAUAGAUAAAUUAUUAACCAAAUCUAAUUCAUUACGAGUGAAACACAUUCUGUUAAAGCCUCAAAACGAUUACGUCAUUUCCCUAAAAUUCUUCAAAUGGAUUGAGCUUCACAACCCUAGUUUACUCACCCUCGAAACAAAUUCCAUCAUCCUCCACAUCCUCACCAAGAAUCGAAAAUUUGUGUCAGCUGAAUCCAUUUUAAAGAAGAUCAUCGGUUCUUGUUCUUGUGAUGUAAACCUCCAUUCUAAGCUCUUCGAUGCUAUUCUUCACUCUUAUCAAAUGUGUGAUUCCACUCCUCGUGUUUUCGAUGCCCUUUUCAAAAUGUAUGCACAGAUGAAGCAGUUCAGGAAUGCAACAGAGACAUUUUGUCGUAUGAAGGAAUACGGAUUUCUUCCUACCAUUGAAUCAUGUAACCUGUAUAUGAGUUCACUGCUUAGUUUCAAUCGAGCAGACAUCGCGUUACCAUUUUACAACCAAAUGAGAAGAUCCAAAAUCACAAUCAAUGUGUUCACUCUCAACAUGGUGAUGAAUGCUUAUGUUCAAUUAGGGAAACUAGAGAAUGCAGUCCAAGUGUUCGAUGAAAUGCAAGGUAUGGGAAUGAACCCUUUUGUCUCCUCCUACAAUACAUUGAUCACUGCAUACAUCAACCAAGGCCUUUUAACAACCGCAAUUAAGUUGAAACUUACAAUGGAGAAGAAUGGAAUAAACCCAAAUGCCAUAACUUACAACACAAUAAUCCAUGGAUUCUGUAAAGAAGGGAAACUACAUGAUGCUUUUAAAGUUUUUCUUGAAAUGAAAAGGGUAAAUGUGGAUCCUAAUACUAUAACUUACAACACAUUAAUCACUGCAUGUUCCCAAUCAGAUAAAAUCGAAAAGGAUAAUCAGAUUUUUGAAGAAAUGAUAAGAACUGGGGUCAAACCUGAUAUUUUGACUUAUAACGCAUUGUUGCUGGGACUUUGUAACGAAGGAAAAACCAAGAAAGCUGCUUAUUUGGUUAAAGAACUUGAUAAAAAGAAAUUAGUACCAAAUUCUUCAACAUUUUCUUCCUUAAUUAAAGCCCAAUGUGCUCGAAAGAACCCAGAUCGUGGUUUUCAACUUUAUAAAAGCAUGGUGAAAAGUAAUUAUCGUCCAAUUGAAGAUACUGUGGAGAUGUUAAUUUUAUCAUUCUUGCAAACAAAUGAUUAUGAUGGUGCUUUUGGUGUUUUUAAAGAGAUGUUAGAGAGCCUAUUGGGUCUGAUUUGGUUGUUUUGA